AUGGCUGACCCGCUUGGCACCUUGCUGCAGGUGGUUGAAAGGGUAGGAAAAGCUAUCGAGAUCUACAAGAAAAUCCAGGAUGCCCCAGACCAAAUCCGCCGUAUUGGUAAGCGGAUGGGCUUGUUGAACACGAUACUAGGCCAGCUGGAAACAUUGUUACGUACGGAUGAGAAACGCUCUCUAGCCCGGCUCGGCCCAGCCAUGACCGACGAGCUGCUCGAAGUCAUCCAAGACAUCCGCAAGGACGGCGAGGAAGUGCAGGUCCUGUUCAAUAAAUGGGAUAAGGACAUUGGCCCAUGGGGCAUGCAGUUCCGGUUCAAGAUCGCCGCGCAGGCAUAUUUCGCGCUGGGAAGCAGUUCUGACAAGCUCCAGGCCCUCGGCAAUAGCAUCGAGGAACACCGGCAGGAUCUGAGGGAUCUCCUGCAGGUGAUGAUGGGUUUCGGCAUCAACCAGCUUCUUGUUGGAGGCCAGGCCCCCGCAAUUGUCAGACAGCCGUCACCAUCCCCCGAGCCCGAGCCUCCUCGCGCGGACUUCAGAAUAAUCUUCGUCGACCCUUACAACAUGGCCCGGAGCAUCGUCGCUGAGGCCUACACCAACCUGCUCCGGGAAUGGACCCUCCGCACGGGAGGCGACUGGAGGGUCAAGGUGGCUCAUUCGGCGGGAUUCUUUGUCCGCAAGCGCAGCGAAGUCGUCGACACGAUCAGCGGCAUCAAGUUCCUGUACCCCAGCUACCAACUGGGCAUCAAAGAGGGCAGGUCCCCACCGCAGCCGACGGCGCUUGCCGCGCUCUUCGACAACAAGCUGUUCAACUACCCAUACAAGCAAGACGUUAAGCGGGAAAUCGAAUCCAGGCGGUCGCGAGGAAUCACGAAGACCAUUUUCAAGACGUACGACUAUAUUCUCGUCUUCACGGACAGAGAAGAGGACAAUAUAAUUCGGUUGCGGAAGCUCCUUAUCAACAACAACGGGAAGGACGCAGUCACAGCAAAACGAAAGGGCAAGGUCAUGCACCUGGGCAGAUACCUGACCUCAGAUGGCGCGCGACGGGAGAUCGUGGCACCAAAGAAUGAUGGUGAUCGGGAGCAGUGGAACGCAAAGGUUGCGCAGGUCAAGACUGCCACCAAGGCAUUCCUCAAAGGAGAGCUGGGUUGGAAGCAGCCACCAAAGGGCGCGAAGGUCACGUGA